AUGUUGGAGCAUUCAGCUCAAAAUACCGCGAUUCAACAGGCAUCAAGGGCCGUUUCGCGUAUGGCAUUAGCAGAUCGCUACAGUGGACAAGAUGUGCGUCUACAGACAGACAGCGAAUACAUGAAGGCGCUACAGCGUGUAUCGGAAACGAUGACAGAUGAAAGCGAAGCUCUCAAAGACGAACUGAUCACCGCGGUCUGGUUGCUUGGGCUCUAUGAGGCAGUGAAAUCCGUGCUCUCCCAUGGCCGAAACAAGAACGAACCACAAGACCUGGAUGAAGAAUGGAGAGGCCACGUCGCACAUAUGCGCGGAGCAAUGCGACUACUAAGAAUUAGAGGCAAAACACAAUUCACGAACCCAAGAAGUGAACGAAUCUUUCGAGUGUUCAAGGCUGCUAUACAGAUGCGGCUAUUCAUUCUCAAUUCAGUUGAUUCACAGGAUUUUAAGUCCUUGGAAUUAGAUCUAUACAAGGACGAACACGAAUUUCUCUACGAAGACGGCGAGACAUCUGGAAGCAACAAAAAAUACAGACUUCAACCACAAUCACGUAAUUUGGCAGCCGAACUCAAUCAACUACUUUACGAAGGUGAGUGUCUAGAUGCCGCCAUGCUCAGGUGGAGCAAGCAAGAGCCUGGCUGGGAUCUGAUGCCAGUCCGUGGUCAUGUACGAGGUACGAUAUGGGCACUUUACCCCAGCCAAGCUUUGUGGUACUUCUACAGCUUCUGGGUCUUUUUAUACUGGCUCAGGUGCCUCAUUGCUCGGAUUAAGCUCUACGAGACUCUCAUCGAGAUUGUCAAGGUUAAAUUAGUGUCGUUGAACACGAAUGAGGUGGAUCCAAGUAAAUCGACACAUCUGGAAUCGAGGAUUGAAUCCUUUAUACGUAUCAUACAGAAGACAGCCGAUGACCUGAUCGGGUUGACUGCCUAUGCUUUGGGUGAUGUGACGAAUACUGGUUACUUCCAGUCAGCGCCAUCGGGCAUCAAUCCAGGCGGAGGAUGGCACGAAAUCAAUGCAGUUGCGGCGAUGCAGCUAGUUAUUCCGUUCAAAGUUCUCCUGCGCUCGCCAUACCCACUACCCCCACAGAAAGGGGCGAUCGAUCUUGCUAUCUCCCAUAUAGCCGAUGGUUUUCGCAGACAGCCAGUGAUUCCAGAAUUCUCGAGGUGA